CAAUUGUUUCUUUCAAUAUAUUAAUCUUUUUAAGGAUUACAUAGUAUAAUAAAAAUAAUAUGCUCGUAUGUAAUAUUAGAAUUUUCAAUCGAACCAAAUAUGCAAAUUUAACAAAUUGCAAUAUUCAUAAAUAGAUUAAAAAAGUAACAACGAAACUAAAACGCAAACAAAUAAUUAAAAAAAUAUUUUAAUGCCGAUCGUGGUACAUACAACAGAAUACAUUGACAUAAAUCAGUUCAUAAAACAAGAGUCGACGAAGCGAAACGAGCAGUGUAAGUGGGAGCAAAAUAAAAGAUCGAGAAGAGGGUUGAGGAGAGACGGACAUAGACUGACAGACAGAUAGAGAGAGAGAGAGAGAGAGAGAGAGAGAGAGAGAGAGAGAAAGAAAAACGUUCGACACAACAUUUGGACAAACCGCAAAGAGCAGGAGACCAGUUAGGGGGCGAUGAUCCGUGAAUGUGCACAACCUGUCUUCCUACAUCUCCAAAGAGAAGUCAAGCAUCGAGGAAGAGAGAGAAAGAAUGAUGCUAUAUACCAGGGUGUCGAAAACCAAAAGGGAUUUAAUUCUAGUACAAUGGUACUCGAGACGUAUUCGAGUUGGAUACGAUUAGCCCAUAGGGGGUCGUUAGAGUCCUGACUAGUAUAAAGUUGUAGCGUGUGGUUAACCCUCCGUGUUUAUUUGUCAUUCGACACUCCAUUUAUUACCAUUGAUCUUUUCUAAGCCACAGAAAAACACUCAUCAGUCUACAUUAAUUCGUCUUAAUUUUUACUCCCACCCUUUUAUUUCUAACUUGAGAAAUUUACAUAGUUUAUUCAAUUAUUUUAAUAUAGACAAUCUAAUAUAUAAAUAAAUGUUAGGCUGAUUCAUAAAUGUCCUUACAAUUGUCCUAAUAUAUUUUAAUUAAAAUUUAUAUAAAUGCCUCAUUUUUAAGCAACAACAUUAAACUUAAUUUUAAGCAACAAAAAUAAACUUAGGAUCAUAUGAAAAAAAAAAGAAGAAAAAAAAUAAAGGGAAAAGAUCACUCGUUAAAAGGAUGAACCGACCGAUCCUCUCAUUCAGAAAAAAGAGAUAAUGGAUCCUUCUUCUCCAGCUUCCGUCGCGCACGCUUAUGUGCAUAUAUAAAAAAAGCGUCGCGACCUUCGUGACGAAAGAAGAGGAAGAAAGACGAAGACGAAGAAGAAGAAGAAGAAGAAGAAGAAGAAGAAGAAGAAGUAUACAAUAAUUCUUAACCGCGUGAAACGCCUUUCGAACCGUGAAAGAUGUCUGCUUUUGCCAGUAGAAAACAAGGGACCAAAAUUGUAGUUGACAUUUUCUCUUCUCAAUGAGAGAAGACAGUAUUUCACGUGAGCUACUUAACAUGUUUACGUCAAGAGGAAAGCACUAAACAUUGAGAAGAGGUUUCUUUUUUUGGAGCCUGAAGAUUACAUUGUCGUUGGAUGAUAUUGUUAUUUGUUGUUUGGACGGCGAAGAGUAAACUAGGAGGAAGUCUGGAUUAUAAAAAUCAACAGGAAGAGAACCGAAAAGAGACGUUUUACCAUGCCGCAUACAGGUCAAGCAGGAGUGAAUCAACUUGGUGGCGUUUUUGUCAAUGGCAGACCUUUACCAGACUGCGUACGUCAACGUAUCGUACAACUAGCAUUAGUCGGUGUUAGACCUUGCGAUAUCUCACGACAAUUACUCGUCUCUCAUGGCUGUGUUUCCAAAAUAUUAACAAGAUUUUACGAAACUGGAAGCAUCAGACCAGGUAGCAUCGGCGGAAGUAAAACUAAGCAAGUAGCAACACCUACGGUCGUUAAGAAAAUUCUACGAAUGAAACAGGAACAGCCGACGAUGUUUGCCUGGGAAAUACGUGAACAACUUGCUAGACAAGGAGCUUGCGAUCCACAAAGCUUACCUUCCGUUUCAUCGGUUAACCGAAUUCUCAGGGGUGGUGGACUUCAUACGGAUCAUCCUGGAAUCGAAGGGAGCUCAUCCACUGGAUAUGCUUCGCAAAUCUCUUCCAAUGUUGCUUCCAGAGAAUCGUUAAUGAGGACGGACUAUCAAUUGUUCUACCCGGGUGCAUUAGGACCGUUACAAAUCUCAACGAGUUCAGGAAACAACGGUACACCUUCUUGGAACCCAAGUUUUUAUUCGUCACUAUAUCAAGCUACAACAUUACAUUUACAUCAUGGAAUGCAAUCAUUAACAUCUCUAGAUGCAGAAAGAUUAACCGAUCAAAAUGGAGUACAAAAUCAAGUGGAGUUAAAAUCCAGUUCGAGUUCUAUGGCAGGAAGUGAUGACUCUUUAGACAAGAGCGAUCUAGAGGAAAAUGCUGAAUCUCAGGAUCAAUAUAAAUCCUUUCAAAGUGGUAGGAUUAUAUUAGAACUUGGUCAGAAGAUAGGAAGCGAUCGAAGUGCAUUUAUAAGACAUCCGACACCACCAAUAAAUCCAUUGGAAACAGAUAAGCAACAGCAGAACAACAAACAACAACAAAAUCAACAAAAAAGAAUUAUUGAAGCAGAAAAAGAACAAACGAGUACAACAGUAACGAGUAAUGAAAUACCUGUUGAAAAUAGACCGGCUCAGGUACAAAAAAAACGAAAUCCCUAUUCGAUAGAGGAACUUCUUAAAAAAGAUGAAAAAAAGUCAACCUCAAAAAGGCCUAGGUUGAUAAACAUAGAUGUCGUACAACCAUGCGGUAUCAUUUUGAACAAAGAAAUUUAAAGAAAAUCUUACAAACAAAUCUCAUUUAGAUUUUAGGCUUAAUGAUGUAGUAUGAUAGGUCUGUGAGAUCUCUAUAAUUUAACCUUUAUUAUAUAUAAUUUCUAAGUUAACCUUUAAAAGGUUGUUAUGUAUGUUUGACCAAGGUACAUAGACGUCUGAAUUCGCCAAAUGUAAAGUAAGAUGAUAAGUAAGAAUCCUGUUGAUUUUGACCAAGAAGUGAAAAUAUGAAUAAAUACAUGAAUAUCGUUGUCCGAAUGAUUAAACGAAAAGGGUAAUAAAGUAACGGCUGUAAAGUAUGACUACACGGAAGACAUGAAAAUAUACAUAUAUAUAUAUAUGUAUGUAUAUGAAAAGGACACACGAUGCAGUAAAGCCAUAAACGAGUUUGGUGUUGUACCGUUGACACGUUGCACUAGUGUAAAAUACUAUGAAAUGUCAGAGUGACAUAAAACAGGCAUGAGAGAGAGAGAGAGAGAGAGAGAGAGAGAAAGAAAGAGAAAUUAUAUAGCAACGAGAGAGAGAGAGAGAGAGAGAGAGAGAGAGAGAGAGAGAGAGAAUGUCAGUUUUGCGUUUAUAACGUUGUAAAAACCUUUUAUCCCGUUUUUCAUCUCGGUCCAAUUAAUGCACUAUAAAAUGCACAUUGCCUCGACAUCCUGCUGUGGUGUUUUUUUCUCUUUCUUUUCUUCUCUUUCUAUCUAAAGGCUUCUAAAGAAAAAAAAA